AUGGCAUUUCCAUUGAUUGCACCUGUAGAUAGUGAGGGCAAAGUCUAUCGAGGGUUCCUUUCAAUUCAUAAUGUUGAUUACAGCAUCGAGAUUCAUUUGCCAGAUCGUCUUCACAAGCAGAAUCUAGCAAUCUUUGGGGAGCCAACUCUUCAAAGUCUUGUCAAAGACAAAGAGGAUUUGAUUCAGAAAAAGAUUGGCCAAUGUGAAGAUAUCAAUCUUUUACUUACAGACUUAAAAGAGAUUCUUGAAACUCAAGCUGCUGUGAAUACAACUACAAAUUUCUCGGCAGAGAGAUAUGUAGUAUUAUUAAACGAAUUAGAUAUUCUUGGAUUUGAUGUAGUAAAAGAUAUGAGCGAUAUUAUGGACCAAAUUACAUUUGAAGACCAAUCGAAUCGGACACAUCAGAUACGAGCUCAUAUCCCUACAGAUUAUCCGUUAACCGCGCCUACUCUAACUAUAGACCUGCCAUGUUCUCCACCUGCUUUGCUCUCGACCUCUUUGUCUGACCAUAUACAUCACAUUUAUUCUCUUGUAUCAAACUACAAAGAUUUCUUUGACUGUAUGGAUGAAUUGGACGUGCAUUGCCGCAUCCUAGAUCCAGAUAACCCUAGGACAGGUGACUCAUGGCGUCGAGUUGCGCUUUCUCACCACUGCUCCGUUCACAUUGACAUUAAUCCAGACGCCCCUCGCGAUAUACCUCGUGCACGUUUCUUUGGUGCCGAGAAGCGUUCAGGGGAACUACGCAUUGCAUGGCAGCAAGGAUCUCAUGCCUGGGACACAUCUCAGACGCUGUUUGUUAAUAUGAAGCAAAUUCUUAAAGAUGCGCUUGUAGAUUUAACAAAACCCCAAGAGGAAAGCAACCACAAUGAGGUGGAGUGCGGGAUUUGUUACGCUUAUAAAUUGGACCAGUCAGUGCAAGAAACGCCGGAUUGGUUAAGAUCGAGCCCAGCGUCGACCCGCAGUUUCAAUGUUCUGUUUGGAAAAUGCCCAUACUGUGGAGAGUGGUUUUGUGAUUAUGAGAUGUGA